UCGAUUUUUCCUUUCUUUUCGGAUUUUUCCAAUUUCUAGCUUUUAAUCAUUUUAUUUCUCUCGUUUGUAUGCGACUCUUGUCUCUAUAUGAUUUCGUCGCGGCGUAUUUUUAAUUUCGUUCAAACGUUGUUAUCUGGCCAAAGAAAAAGGGGAGAAGAAUUUAAUUAAAAAGAGAGGUUUCUUCAGCUGCAAGUUUCUAUCUUCAAGAAAGACAUGGGAGACCAUUUCGUGCUUCUGGUGGAUCGGUUGAUAACAGAAUCGACGAUUGAGGCAGCGAUUCAGAGCAGGAACCGGAUGCUACAAGCCAAUAUACCCGUCGAGGAGGAAUGUACAAUCCUUGAUGAGAAAACACUUGAGAAGCUGCGUAAUGGAGAUUUGUCAAUGGUGCUGUGUAGGAUUUGUCACGACGAGGACUUGGAUUCAAACAUGGAGACUCCUUGUUCUUGCAGCGGCAGCUUGAAGUAUGCACAUCGGAGGUGCGUGCAGAGAUGGUGUAACGAGAAAGGUGACACAACCUGCGAAAUUUGCCAUAAGGAAUUCAAGCCGGAUUAUACAGCGCCCGCUCCAUUGUUAGAGUUAGGUCAUGUUCCUCUUCAUUUCAGGGGAAACUGGGGAAUAUCUCAGCGUGAGCAUCGUUUCAUCACAGUAGUACCUGCUGAUUCCACUCUUCUUGACGACCAAUAUCCUCUUUCUUCCACCACAAGCUUCAUCUGUUGCCGUUCCCUUGUUCUCAUUUUCAUGGCUCUUCUGAUUCUGCGACACACCCUUCCUUUAGUCCUCAACGGAUCAAACCUCCAUGUCUUCCCUUUGUUUACGUUGUUGUUUCUGAGAGUACUCGGAAUCAUGCUACCAAUCUAUGUCGUCACCAAAGCAGUCGCCACCUGCCGUCGCCAUUCUCAGACAUUAGAAACCUCUGACUCUGAAGACUCGUCUGAUGAAGAAACAGACUUAUGGCGCUUGCCUCAAACGCAAUCUUACAUUAUAGGCGUGCCAUGAGCACUGUUCUUUCCUUUCACACACACGAAAG